CAGGAGUAGGUAGGAAUAGCUAAUAAAUGCUGGGAGAUCUAUUGUGCCGUGUUUUUUGCAGAGCUUGUUUGGAUGUCACAGAACCUGAAGUCACGGUUGAAGAAUUGGGAGAAGAUAUUGAACAGAUCUCAAAAUGUACCUGAAGUACUGCAAAUCAAAAGCGCUAUUUUGUUGCAAGGUGGAAAUAAUUUCUUCUUUUCUUACGAUGAUCUUCUGUCUGACGACUGAAAGACCUCUCGUCCUUAUCAGCGGAGUACUUUACUUUCUGUUUAGCAUAUUUUUUUAUUUCUGGACCAAAAGAAAUCAUAAGAAGAUGAUAAAGAUGUACUUACCCAUCGCUUUUGUUGAUUUAUUAUUGGGACUGACCACAUUCUAUUAUUGGUUAGGUUUGCUGAUGAUUCGAAUUCGAUUUGGGGUCCUUAUGUGCAAUUUAUUCGUGUUGGAGGCAUUGAUUUCUUCUUUCUUGAGUUGCUUCUUCAUAGGAAGGAUAGAGACGGUAUAUCAUUACAUUCCUGUUCAAUAUCAUGAGAGAUUAAGCAGUGUAUUUUAAUUUGUAUUUUGUAAUGUUUGUGAGAUGA